AUGGAUUUUCACUCCUGGACAAACAAACCUACGACGAACUGCCACUCACUAGAUGGCUCGACAAGUCAGGGCAUCCCAUACCAGGAUAUCCCAUACCUGAACCGGGAAAUGCAUCAGGACCCGGACAGAGACAGGUAUACCUCUGAUGAGGAGGGCACUGUAACGGACAAUGCCGCAGAGGAGCUUGAACUGAUAGCUGUGUCGAAACGCCCAACCAGAUUACUCCCACAUGGUACGGUCGUCCGUACCAAUCUGGAGCCAUCUGUGCAGGAAGCAACACCUUUGAAUAAGAUAUGGUGUGUCAAGUUGAUGGAUGAUGCCCAUGCCCCGGAGAAAAUAAGCGGACAAUUAAACGUGGCGAAGGACCCCAGGAAGCUGAGGUUCCCCCUGCAAUCAAUAGAGUCAUCAGGGUUCAACGACGUGGUGCAAAUUGAUCAUCAGAAGAUAUGCAUGAUAGCCACGGGCUACAACCAAGCGUUGGUAAUGAUUGAUCAUUUCACGAAUUACGCAGAGGCAGCGCCCUCUAUGACAGCAUCAGAGGAAGAAACGUGCGAUCACUUGAUAAAUGUAUGGAUAGCGAGACACGGCUGCCCCAUCACAUUCCAAUCGGACAAUGGCAAAGCACUCGUGGGCGAUCUCACGAAGGAGUUAAUGAAGAGGUCGCAGGUGGCCGAGGCCCACUCGACCAUCUAUCACCCACAAACAAACGGCCUAGUCGAAAGACAAAAUCGCCCGUUAGUAUCCAUGUUGAGAGUUUAUUGCUCACGCUACAUGGAUGACUGGGAUAGACACUUGUUGCAAGUGAUGGGCGCUUAUAACAGCACAGAACAUUCCACAACGGGAAUAAGUCCGCAUAUGAUGCUAACUGGUCACGAGAAAGCUCUUCCAUUAACGUUCUUCAACCCUGAGUACGAAGGAAAGAAAACAGCACCGCAAACGUACGUGUGUGAUGUUAUUAGAAGACAGCAGGACCUCAAUGACUUAUGCAGGAGGAACACACAACAGGCGUAA